AUGCCUUUGGUUGGACGAGAUUGGAGUCACUCUGGUGUUGCUCGACUUUUUUCUGCAAUAAAGGAAAACGGUUAUCAACUACUAUUCCUUAGUGCUAGAGCAAUUGUUCAGGCAUAUCUCACAAAGAACUUCCUCUUCAAUCUUAAACAGUUAUACGGAGAACCCCACAUGAAUUCAAGAUUGCAUGUCUGGAGCAGUAUUGUGUUUAACUGUUUAUAUAAGCCUCUUAAAUCACGUCCCAUGGGGUCGCAGGGUGAAGUGGCUGUGAACAGUUCUGUUGAUGUCAAGUCUUAUACCUCCUUACAUACCCUUGUCCAUGACAUGUUUCCACCAACAACUCUGGUUGAGCAGGAAGACUACAAUAACUGGAAUUACUGGAAGGUGCCGUUGCCAGAUGUUGAUUUGUAG